UCUAUCCGGAGCGACGGGUGGCCUACGCUGCGUGCUCGGAGGCGGCGGCGGCUGCGUCUCUAGACGCUCGGGCGCCAGCGGGGAGCGGACCGGCGGGCGAGGCGGCGAUAGCAGCAGCGGGUCUCCAGGUAGCGGCGUCGGGCUCCCGGAGCUGCAGCAGCUCGAGGAGGAGGAUGGCGGAGUCAUCGGACAAGCUCUACCGGGUCGAGUACGCCAAGAGCGGGCGCGCCUCUUGCAAGAAAUGCAGCGAGAGCAUCCCCAAGGACUCGCUCCGGAUGGCCAUCAUGGUGCAGUCGCCCAUGUUCGACGGGAAGGUCCCGCACUGGUACCACUUCUCCUGCUUCUGGAAGGUCGGCCACUCCAUACGGCACCCUGACGUCGAGGUGGAUGGGUUCUCCGAGCUCCGCUGGGACGACCAGCAGAAGGUCAAGAAGACGGCCGAGGCUGGAGGAGUGACGGGCAAAGGCCAAGGUGGAGUUGGCAGCAAGACGGAGAAGACACUGGGCGACUUUGCGGCAGAGUACGCCAAGUCCAACAGAAGCACGUGCAAGGGCUGCAUGGAGAAGAUCGAAAAGGGCCAGGUGCGCCUGUCCAAGAAGAUGCUGGACCCCGAGAAGCCCCAGCUAGGCAUGAUCGACCGCUGGUACCACCCGAACUGCUUUGUUCAGAAGAGGGAGGAGCUGGGCUUCCGGCCCGAAUACAGCGCGAGCCAGCUCAAGGGCUUCAGCCUCCUCACCGCAGAGGACAAAGAAGCCCUGAAGAAGCAGCUCCCGGGCAUCAAGAGUGAAGGAAAGAGAAAAGGCGACGAGGUGGAUGGAAUGGAGGAAGUGGCCAAGAAGAAAUCUAGAAAAGAAAAAGACAAGGAGAGUAAGCUUGAAAAGGCCCUCAAGGCCCAGAACAACCUGAUCUGGAACAUCAAGGACGAGCUAAAGAAAGUGUGUUCGACGAAUGACCUGAAAGAGCUGCUCAUCUUCAACAAGCAGCAAGUGCCCUCCGGGGAGUCGGCGAUCUUGGACCUAGUGGCCGACGGCAUGGUGUUCGGUGCCCUCCUUCCCUGCGAGGAAUGCUCAGGCCAGCUGGUCUUCAAGAGCGAUGCCUAUUACUGUACCGGGGAUGUCACUGCCUGGACCAAGUGUAUGGUCAAGACACAGACGCCCAACCGGAAGGAGUGGGUGACCCCAAAGGAAUUCCGAGAAAUCUCUUGCCUCAAGAAACUGAAGAUCAGAAAGCAGGACCGUAUAUUCCCCCCAGAGACCAGCGCCCCGCUGGCGGCAGCACCCCUGCCCUCUGCAGCCUCAGCGCCCGCCACUGUGAACUCCGCUCCCCCAGACAAGCCGUUAUCCAACAUGAAGAUCCUGACUCUUGGGAAACUGUCCCAGAACAAGGAUGAAGUGAAGGCCACAAUCGAGAAACUCGGGGGGAAGUUGACAGGGACCGCCAACAAGGCCUCCCUGUGCAUCAGUACCAAAAAGGAGGUCGACAAGAUGAAUAAAAAGAUGGAGGAAGUAAAAGAAGCUAACGUCUGCGUCGUGUCUGAGGAUUUCCUCCAGGACAUCUCCGCCUCGACCAAGAGCCUUCAGGAGUUGCUCUCAACCCACCUCUUGUCCCCCUGGGGGGCCGAGGUGAAGGCGGAGCCUGUUGAAGCCGUGGCCCCAAAAGGGAAGUCGGGGGCUGUGCUCUCCAAGAAGAGCAAGGGCCCCGUCAAGGAGGAAGGUACCAACAAAUCUGAAAAGAGAAUGAAAUUAACUCUUAAAGGAGGAGCAGCUGUCGACCCUGAUUCUGGUCUGGAACACAGCGCACACGUCCUGGAGAAAGGCGGGAAGGUCUUCAGCGCCACCCUCGGCCUGGUGGACAUCGUUAAGGGAACCAACUCCUAUUACAAGCUGCAGCUCCUGGAGGAUGACAAAGAGAGCAGGUAUUGGAUAUUCAGGUCCUGGGGCCGCGUGGGCACGGUAAUUGGUAGUAACAAACUGGAGCAGAUGCCAUCCAAGGAGGAUGCCAUUGAGCAUUUUACGAAAUUAUAUGAAGAGAAAACCGGGAAUGCCUGGCACUCCAAAAACUUCACAAAAUAUCCCAAAAAGUUCUACCCUCUGGAGAUUGACUAUGGCCAGGAUGAAGAGGCAGUAAAGAAGUUGACAGUAAACCCUGGCACCAAGUCCAAGCUCCCCAAGCCAGUGCAGGACCUCAUUAAGAUGAUCUUUGAUGUGGAAAGUAUGAAGAAAGCCAUGGUGGAGUAUGAGAUUGACCUUCAGAAGAUGCCCUUGGGGAAGCUGAGCAAAAGGCAGAUCCAGGCUGCGUACUCCAUCCUUAGUGAGGUCCAGCAGGCAGUGUCCCAGGGCAGCAGCGACUCCCAGAUCCUGGAUCUCUCAAAUCGCUUCUACACCCUGAUCCCCCACGACUUCGGGAUGAAGAAGCCUCCGCUCCUGAGCAACUCAGACAGCGUGCAGGCCAAGGUGGAAAUGCUGGACAACCUGCUGGACAUCGAGGUGGCCUACAGUCUGCUCAGGGGUGGUUCUGAUGACAGCAGCAAGGACCCCAUCGAUGUCAACUAUGAGAAACUCAAAACUGACAUUAUGGUGGUGGACAAAGAUUCUGAAGAGGCUGAGAUCAUUAGGAAGUAUGUUAAGAACACUCACGCGACCACACACAACGCAUAUGACUUGGAAGUCGUCGAUAUCUUUAAGAUAGAGCGUGAAGGAGAGAGCCGGCGUUACAAGCCGUUUAAGCAGCUGCAUAACCGAAGGUUGCUGUGGCACGGGUCCAGGACCACCAACUUCGCUGGCAUCCUGUCCCAAGGUCUCCGGAUAGCCCCACCUGAAGCACCUGUGACGGGCUACAUGUUCGGUAAGGGCAUCUAUUUCGCCGACAUGGUCUCUAAGAGUGCCAACUACUGCCACACAUCCCAGGGAGACCCAAUAGGCUUAAUCCUGUUGGGAGAAGUUGCCCUUGGAAACAUGUAUGAACUGAAGCACGCUUCGCAUAUCAGCAAGUUACCCAAGGGCAAGCACAGUGUCAAAGGUUUAGGCAAAACUACCCCUGACCCUUCAGCUAGUAUUACUAUGGACGGUGUAGAGGUUCCUCUUGGGACCGGGAUUUCAUCUGGUGUUAACGACACCUGUCUGCUGUAUAACGAGUACAUCGUCUAUGAUAUUGCUCAGGUCAGUCUGAAGUAUCUGCUGAAGCUGAAGUUCAACUUUAAGACAUCGCUGUGGUGAGCUGUGAGGCGUGGCAGCCCAGUGACUGCGGUGUGAAUUCGCCUGACGUGCUUGGCACCGACCGACCAGGCAGAAACUUCAGCGGAGUUGCCGAGGGAUAGUACCUUCACUAAACCUCCUUAGAAGGGAUUUUAUACGACACUAGGUCACAUGUUAAAUGAUUCUCCCAACUUUUCAAAUCCCUUGUUUGUGUUGCUCGGGGGCGGGGCGCAGGGCGGGGGGGUUGCUUUGGGUUUUUCUCCUGCCAGCCGUAACCCUGGUAGGUACACCUAACAAUAGAGGAAAAGUUGGGGAGGGUUUUUCUGUGUGUCUAGACUAGUCCAAUGAAAGAAGCUUGCAAGCCACGUUAGAACGUCUGCCUUACUGGUUUCCCCAGGGAAGGAAAAAAUAAUCUUCCACCCUUAUUUCUAAGUGUUCAUCUUUAGUUUUGGAAAAAUGUUAAGCAUUUAUUUUGAGGUUAAAAUAAAAACUAAUUUCAUACUAUUUAAAUUUCCUUUUUUAUUUUGCAUUUGUUGUCAUCCUUUUAGCUUUUUGUUGGUGGUGUUUGGUGAGGAGUGUGAGGAGACCAAAGGGAAGCACAUGAACAAUUUCUCAUACUUAGAAACGAAAAGUGCUUUCCUUUUCUAGAGACGCUGGAACGUGGCAGCUCUCAGAAUAUGUAGUGUAGUAAUUUUAAGUUGCAUUUGAAAUUCUCAACUUCCCUCUCAACAAUUUUGUCUUCUAACUUAAAACUAU